AUGUCUAAAAUAAUUAAUAAAGGAGGUUUUAAACCCGGUAGUAUACAUAGGAUAGCGUUAGAAAAUUUUGUAACCUAUAAAGAGGUGGAACUUUAUCCCGGUAAAUCAUUGAAUUUAAUAAUUGGUCCUAAUGGAACUGGGAAAUCGACAUUUGUUUGUGCUAUAAUACUAGGACUCGGCGGAAAUCCUGGCGCUAUUGGUAGAUCUAAAAACUUGACAGAUUUUGUUAGGGAUGGCUGCGAUAGUGGGUUUAUAGAAAUUGAGUUAUAUAAUAAACCCAAUGAGAGAAAUAUUAUAAUAAAGAGGAUAUUGGAUAAAAGGAAAAAUUCCUCAAUAUGGAGUUUGGAUUACAAAACUGUGCCAGAGAAAAGAAUACAGGAAAUUGUUAAAUCAUUUAAUAUACAGGUUGAAAAUCUCUGUCAGUUGCUACCACAGGAUAAAGUCCAUGAUUUCUCCAAGUUGAAUCCCAAACAACUGUUGCAUAGUACAUUGACAGCUAUCGGGGACUUUGACAGUAUUAAAGAUUGGGACCAAUUGAUCAAACUGCAAGAUGAUCAGAAAGAAUUGACUUCGACACUCAAAAAUGGCCUAACUAAAUUAGAAGAGGAAAAGAGAAAAAAUCAUGGAUUAAAAGAAUUGAUUGAUGCUAUGAAUCAAAGGAAAGCUAUAGAAAAGGAAAUUGAGAUUUGUCAAAAGAAACUGCUGUGGGCCGAACACAAGGAAUUAAAUGACGCAGUGAUUGAGAUUAAGAGACAGCAAGUUAAUGCGAAGAGUGUUGUUGAGAAAAAUAAUAAAACCAUUGCACCUAUGAAACAUGAACUGGAUAAAGUUAAAGAAGAUAUUAGUGUAUUGGAGAGAGGGAAACGGACUAGUAUUGAAAGAAUUCGUGAUCACAAAGCUAAAUUGCAAGAAACUAUAUCGACUUUUGAAAUACACGAAUCAAGGUUCAACACUAUAGACGGAGAGUUUCAAGAGAAAUUGAACGCUCAUAGCAAUUUAGAAAGAGAUUUAAUGGAGGCUAGAAUUAAAGAGGAAAAACUACAUUUGGAUAAAAGAGCGUUGGAAGCGGACGGUGAAAAUGAACAGAGUUUGAUAAUGGAAUUAAAGAAGUUAGAAACAGAAAGGGCUACAAUAAAUAAAACGCUUGAAAGAUAUAAAAAUAGUAGAGCACAACAAUUAUAUCCAUUGGAAAAUGAAAUAAGAUCAUUUAGACAUAAGAUAAAUUCUUUGGAAAACGUUGAAAUGGGAUGUCUUGAUAAACUGAAAAUAAAACAUAGAGAUACAUAUAAAGCGUGGGACUGGCUGAAAGAGAAUAUGCAUAAGUUCAAACACCCUGUAUAUGGACCUAUGAUGCUUAACAUUAACUUCAAAGAACCGAAAUUCGCACGCUAUUUAGAAUCAACGGUGCCGGUGAGAGAUUUGAAAGCUUUUGUUUUUGAAUCAAAAGAUGACAUGAACAAGUUUAAUAAGAUAGUUCGAGAGGAAUUAAAAUUAAAACAAGUUAAUGCCGUGCAUAGUGAAGGAGGAAAUUUCAAUGUACGAUCAAUGGAUAUACGAAACUUGAGUUACUUGGGAUUCUACACAUGUAUUUUGGACACUAUUUCCGCUCCAACCGCCAUCUUGCGUUACUUGUGUUCCGUGUAUCGUAUUAAUGAUAUACCGAUAGGCAACAAACAUACAUUUGACAACGUCGAAAGAGUUCCAGAUAAUAUUAGAUUUUAUUUCACAGAAAAUUAUAGAAUUAGUACUCGCGUGUCUUUCUACAAGGUGAAGUCUACAACCACCAUAGAAAUAAAGGAUGCAGAUCUGUUAGCGGACAGUGUCGAUUAUAAACAAAUUGAUAUAUUGAAGACUCAGUUAUCUCAAGUACAAGAAAAGAAGAGUAAUUUGGAGAGUCAAUUUGAGGAGACGCUGAACGUAGAAGAAAAUAAAGUGAAAGAUAUUAUUGGGAAAACAAAGGAAAAGGCGGAUUUGUUAGAAAAGAUUAAAUCCAUAAAUCUACAAAUACACUUCCAAAAGCAAAAAGUACGUGCAUUAGAACGCGAACCGGCAAUAAAUAUAGAAGAAGAAGAAAAAAAGUGUAAAGAAAAUAAACAAGAUUGUGUUAACAAACAAUUUACGGCGCAGAAAGAAAUGUACAACAUAUUACAACAAGUACACGAACAAACGAUCAAUAUGGAGAAGAAUACGAUUCACUUAUCUAUACAUAGAAACGAAUUCCUUCAAAAGGAAGCCCAAUAUAGAAGAUUGACAAGUGACUUCGAAGCGGCCAAGAAACUCCUAGAAAACGUUAAAAACGAUUUAGAAAGAGCAACAACAGAAGCUAAUCAGAAAUUAGAACAGGCGAGAUUUAGCUGCGGUGGAAAAAAUAUAAACGAACGAGACUUUCCUUACAAGAACGAGUUCAAUGAACUACCCUCGGACAGAGAAGAAUUAGAAGUAUACAAGAACGAGAGGCUUGCCAAAAUAUCACUCAUGAACCAGGGUGAUAACCAGGUACUCAAAGAAUAUGAGGAAAGAAAAAGAAAUAUAGCGAAACUCAAACAGAAAUUGGAUUCAUCUACUGACAACAAGAAAAGGAUAAGAGAGGAAAUUAAAACUAUUACGUCAAGAUGGCUGCCACCGCUUGAAAGACUAGUGAAUGAGAUCAAAGAAAAUUUCUCAUCGAUGUUUCAGAAGUUGGGAUGUGCUGGGGACGUCGCGCUAUAUAAAGGAGAAAAUGAUGAGGAGUUUUCGUGUUACGGUCUAAACAUAAUGGUUAAGUUCCGCGCAGAAGAAAGUUUGAGGCAGCUCACAAGAGAUACACAAUCGGGCGGAGAGAGGGCGCUGUCAACGGCUUUAUAUCUACUUGCCUUACAAGCACGAGUCGCUGUACCAUUUAGAUGUGUGGAUGAAAUCAAUCAAGGAAUGGAUGCAAAGAAUGAAAGGGACAUGUUACAGUUACUGAUUAAGGCGACCACUGAAUCUGAUUCACAGUACUUCCUCCUCACACCAAAGUUGCUCCGAGAUCUUGAAUAUAAUGAAAAGACAACGAUCCAUACAGUAAUGAAUGGCCAUCACAUAAUGAAUUAUAGGAUGUGGGAUGUGAAGGAAUUCCUUCAGAACGCUAAAAGAAUCAACCAAAUAUGA